CUCCACUACGAUGGGACACUUUCCUGCAAAAUAGCAGCUUGCCUCCCUGUUGAGCCCAAGUAGUCAGACUUUCGCUCCAGGUGUAAAGUGAAUUCACCAAAAUGGCAUCAAUACAUCAGAGAAAAAACGAGGAGCUCAGUCGUUGUCACUUGCGGAGAAUUGGAUGCAAACCUACAGUCUCUGGUAUUGCUGAUCUUAUUCACUUUUAUAAGGAUGUUACACUAUUUGGCAGAAACAAAGAUGUUGUGGACUACUUCAUUAGCUCUCCAGGCGAAACAAAAGAUUGCAUAUCCCGACAUCAUGCCAGAGUGAUUCGAACCGCUGGUACUUAUGAGCUUGUGGAUUCCAGCCUGACAGGCGUUUAUGUUAAUGACAUCAAAAUUGGUGGUAAAGUUAUCUUGCGGAAAGGUGAUACUGUUAUAUUUGGGCAUCCCACAGAAAGACAUGUAAAGCCUGGAACGCAAGUUCGUCAGCCAAACUCACAGCUCUGCUUUCUGUUUGAACGCUGUUGCUGCAGGAUUGACCAGCGGCGAAGCGUCCGUGCUGAGAUGAAGAAUUUCAUACCACAGGUUCCAGUACCCCUGUUAACAUCUCCAGAGGUUCCUCAGUUCAGCUCAAACUUGGUAUUUGAGAAAAGUGUCAGUCUUCCUGCUCGACCCCCUUCAGCACGGACACCCCGAGAUAUUCCACACAGUGUUGGAGCGCUGUCUGAGUCUAGUAUGCGCUCUGAAGAAAGAGAGGUUUCCACAGUCACUGUGUCGUUGCCAUUUACUUCUGUGGGAUCAGUAAACUUUUCAGCUAAAUCCUCUGUCUCUACAAAUUUUUCUAAUGUGACUUCAGCCAGAUUUGAAAAGCGAGGAACCUGUAAAUCAGCUGCCAUAUCAGAUGCUAUGCUGAAAGGUUGCGCUACGCUGGAGCCUCUAGUUUUACGCUCUGCUUCACCUGAAUAUGAGGUAAUGAGCAGCGAUUCAGCAGUGACUGCAGAGUCUGUUCAACAGGCAGCCUUUUUGCCUCAGGAAAAUGCCUCAAACAAAGCAAAACGGAUAAAUCCUGACUUGCUACCUGUGGAACAAAGUGAAGGCCAAACAUAUGCAUCAAGAUCCACCCCAGAAUCUUACAAACUAUUCCUGGAAGAAAAAUGGGACAAUGAAGGAGUAGAAAUGGAACCUUAUUCAGCAGCUUCUCCGAAUGAGGAACCUGUGAUAUCCAUGGAUAUUGUGAGGGCAGAUGACUGUCAUCACCUGUGUAGCAGAGAGAUGGUUGAUCUUUCAGCUGACGCGUUAGCUCUUUCAGACUCGUCUCAGCCAGGAUGUCAAGGCCAACACGUUCCGAGGUUGUCAGAACCUGUAGCUGACAAGUCAGUGCUUCGAAGUUGUGAAAGGUCUGACAGUGAAUUAGUAGUGAUGGAGAAUGAUGUUGAUAAAUGCACAGAUGAAAUGGUUGGAAAUGAAACUGCUGAGACUUCAGGACCAGGCACUCAGGUUAUGAGUCUACUUCAGGCUGCAAAACAAGAUACAAAUAAUGUCUCAUUAGUCAGUAGUUACAAGGAGAAGACGACAGAAAAGGAAAGUUCUAUGGAGUACUGCGAAGAGACCUCUGAGGAGCAGCAUAAACCUGAUGCUUGUGCGCAUGAUGCUUCAUGUGAGACUACAUUAUUUACUGAAAUGGAAAUGUAUGAAUAUUAUCCAAAGAGAAAACAUUGUUCUUCUGUUAACAGCUCAUCAGAAUCAGUCACUGACGUAAAAAAUAAUUCAGAAAAUGGUGACCCUGCUAAAAGAAAAAGGACUCCUGAAGGUCAGCAUGCCACUGUAAAACAAAUAGAGAAUCAAAAAAACCUGGUGCAUGCUGGUAUUAAAACUGCAACAGAAGAAGGGGAGCUGCUGUCUGAAACCACUGCGACUCUAAGCAGAGCGCAGGAAGCAAGUGUACAGUUGGAGCCAGAAGUGGCGCUUCUGUGUAGUUCUCUGCACUCUGAGACCAAAAGUGACUUUACGUCAACUCUGGAAGAAAAGAACGUUAUUCCAAAUGGGAUGGAAAAACAGAUUAGUUGUAAAACUGUAGAAAGCGGCACUUCUCCCGUAGCAGACAGAGAGUUGGGCUUAGGAAUGUUAAAUAGUAGCCUAAAUAUAAAAAUGCAGCAGCCUGCAACUGCUUCAGAUCCUUGUGAAUCAGCUGAAUCUAACCACGAUAAAAUCAUUACAGCAGUAAACACAGGUCACGAUGGAGAAACAUGUAAUAAUCAUGUUUUUGAUUUGCAAAAUGCCCUCCAUCAGAACCUCCUGUUUGCAGACACUGAAGGAGUUAAGCCAGUAGAUCAGGACUGUUCUCAUGCACAGACUACUCAGACAAGGUAUGCAGCCAAAGCAGUAUCUCCCUGUGAGAGCAAAAUGGCUCCUGUCAAAUCCACAGUUGAUGAUGAUGGGGCUGUAUUAUUGCCAAGCUGCACUGCUGGACGCAUAGAUACUGGAGCCAGUCAGAUGGUUUUCUCGGAUGGUGAAACUCCGGCUGUGAUCCGUUCAGAAGAUGAAGAAAUAGCAGUGGAUUCUCAUGUGGCAGAAGACAGACUUGUAAAAAGUACCAUAGAUGCUACAGUACCAGAAACCCAUCUUUCUUCACAAUGUAUCAGUGACAGCGUCGUACAUUUGCCUUCUGCAAACCAAGUGUCAUCUGGAGGUGUAGUAUGUGAUUCAGUCUAUAAGCAUGUGUCACGUUUUGGAUAUUUACACCCUGAAAACCCUUCCGGAUGUCCAGUCCUGAAGGAAGGAGAGCCGAAUCACUCAGAAGCACCUGUCAGGUCCGCGAGGGGAGUGAACGCCACAGCUCAGGAGCGGCUGAAAUGCAGAGCAGUUUCUCAAGCGCAUCUUGGUGGAGAGGAAGAAAGUGACGCUUCUGUCAGGACUUCAGUGGGUGAGACUGAGAACCCAGAAGCUCCUGCGCAGCCUGCGUCUGUAAGGAGAGGCAAUGCCUGCGACACGCUGCGUUGCUGCCAGGCAGGUAUUUCUGCGCCCGCUGCUCUAAGCGCCUCCGUUUGCGCCGAGUCUGAAUGUGUUCAGCCUCACCCUGCCCGUUUGAUUUCACCUUUAUCUAAAGAGGAGAUGCCCAGGGAGGCUGGCGAUGAUUUUAGUAAAACAAAGCAAGGGAGUGCUUCUCAAGGAGAAAUGGAAGAAGCAGAUGUGAAAACGAAUGUCAUUAUUUUGACAUGGGAUGGUGAGGGGAUAUCUGAAGAUAAAGAUGACAGCGAGGCCAGGAUGGAAGUGGAUACAUCUCCUGUUAGGGAUAACACUGAAGUAUGUCAUGCAGAAGUGGGAACGGAAACUAGAUUCGUAAAGAAGAGAAAAACCAAUUCAUUAUCUACAAAACUUUUAGAAGAUGGGAACAAAGAUAGAUCAACAAAGCAUAAUCGUUAUGAGGAAGAUGAAAGUAAUGUGCCUAUGGACACAAAUGUGCCUUCAAGUGGAAUUGUUGAAGUACAUGUUGAAACCAUUCGUGAUGGUGCAAAUGACAGUCCCUUGAAAGAGUUCUCUGAAGAGAUGGAGAUGGGCCCUACAGGCUCUGCACAAGCAGCAAAGUCAGAGCUGUUUUCAGGGUUGGAAACAUGUGAGAGUGAGACAGUCUCUGUAGGCUUGUGCUCUCCUAUUAGAGGAAUAUUUUUUGAAAACCCAGGAGAGAAAUUGCUGGAAGUUACUAAUUCUGAAUCAUCUCUGAAUUUAGGUAGAGAAAUUCCUAAUGAUCUUCAGCCGCAGGGUAAUGGCUACCUAGAGGAAAAGGAGUCUUUAGGAGAAGAUUGGUCACUUUUAUCUCCUUCUGAAAAAGAAAACGUGGACGCCAACCAAAGUCUGAAAGCAUUUGAAAUCUCUGUGAUCUGUUCUGUGGAUUCCACGUUUGAUAACGGCAGCGAUCAAAGGUUGAACGCUGCUGAUGGCAAGGUACAGACGACUGCUUGCUCAUCAGAGGAUGCUGUGCUAUCAGAAGAACACGAUGAUCUCUCAGGCAGUAUUGAGGGGAAAGCUUGCCAAGAGACAAAAGAAGAUAGUGUUGAAAGCAAAAGUACUACAGGAAUAGUGGGAGAGAGAAGGGUUUCAAGACCAUCUAUAAACGAUAGCAUGUUGGAGGAACAGAAAGACCAAGAAAACGAUUGGGGAAACGCAGGUGUUCGGCAGACAUGUUGUAAUUUUGGCAGUACUACAGCUGCACUUGCAAAGAGGCUGGAGCAGAGUACCGAUUGCUGCUCCUCUGACUUGGUUUCCUUUUCCUCCAGCCUUGUGCCCGUAGGCUCACCCAAACGCGCAUGGUGUGAGGGUAACUGUUGUUCCUGUUUGCGCACAGAGCCCUCUUGCCCUGUGGAUGAAAGGGGAGUAGGAAGCGGUCUGCAGUAUGCACGUGCCUGCUCCUUGGUCCAGCUCUGCCCUAAGAAUGAAGAAGGAAAUGGUGGUGAAGAAGGGGCGGAACCGGCACACGAUGAACAGUGUGAUAAAUCAGUAGUGGAAAAGGGAGAGGAGGAAGCUGCACAUGUCGUUGCAGAUUUUAGUGAGCCUGAUGAGGGGAAACAGAGCAGUUCCCAGGACUGGAACUGGAAUUCUGCUGUUAGCUCUGUCUGCUCAGAAUUACAGGAGCAAUCAGUUGCACUUGAAAAAGCAGGAAUCUGAUUCUCGUGCCGUUGAACCGCCAAAUUUGGAAAGAAACGUGGAUUUGAAAUCCAAAGAAGAGUGUGUGAAAGUUCCUCUUUAUCCAGAAGACAGUGGUGUGGAAGAUGCUGUUUCGGAUGAGGUAGACAGAGAAAAUAUGAACGGUGAAGGUUUGACGACAGCUGAUUUGGAAGGACGUGAUGGUAGCGCUACUUGCCAGGAUGGUUAUGGAAUCGAACCACAAGCUCCUCAAGUAGAUGUAAAGCCAUGUAGCAUGGACAAAAGGGAUCUUUCAGUAGGGAUGUGCAGUACUGCAACUGAAAAGUUUAGGUCUUCUGAAGAAAACAGAACUGAAGGUCUGAAGGCAGUCCAAAGGGACCCUACAGACGUGGCUGAGCUCUGCAGUGGAGGGGAGUUUCAUUUAUGCAUUCAAGACUUGGAAGCUGAAAAAGUAGAACAGAGUGGCAUAAGAACAAAGAUAUCUCCAGUAAACUGCAUUUCAGAGACUGAAGUCUGGAAGGAAGGGGAUAUUGUCACCUGUGAUGCAGACAGGGUUUCUGGCAGCAUUGUUUUGCAUAGUGAGCUGCACUGUAAUAGAACGGAAAGUGAUCCCGGCGAAGUGACAGAAACUGCUGCUGUCAGAUCAACUACAGGAGUAGAAAAGUCAGUGGAUGUGUGUUUGGAGCAAGCAAGCUAUCCUCAUUUUGGUACAGAACAUGAUCUCACUGCAGUUAAAAUUACUGCAUCUGACUGUCAUAGUGCAGGUAUUGCAGCAGAUGAAAAAAACACGCUUUUAGUAAAAAACACACCUCUGAGAGGAGAAAAGGAGAACCCAACAACUGAAGAACAUGAGAGCAUGAGUUUAUACUGUGCUUUUAACUCCGUGGGAUUUCCCAGUGUACAGGAGGAGGUGGAAGCUGUGAGUUGUGGAAGUUAUUCUAGUGAAGUGGAAGGAAAUGCUGAUUCUAACCCUUUCCAAACUGGAAAAGAAUUAGAGGAGGGUCAGCAGGCUGAGAUUGCACUGCUUGAUGACCGUGUUCAAGAGCGAGGCAGUGAGGUUUCUCCUGUUCCUUCUGAGGUCGUGAGAACUGUUAAAGCUUCUCCGGUCACUGAAAUACAGACCGAGCUCUGUCCAGAAAAAAAUGAAUCUGACUGGCAAACACAAAUAGGUAAGCCCUUACUUCUGCCGGAAGAGAGCCUAGAAACUGAACCCAUGAAAGCUCAAGUAAAGGUAUGCCAGCCUGAAAGCAGCCAUGAAGAGCUGAAUAUUUUGGAGUCUUGCUUUGCAAACAGAGUGAAUUGUUGUGAAGAGGAGGGUGCAGGUUCUCAAAAUGAAGAGUCAAAGAGAGAGAACUCUUCCAGGAUAUUAAAAAGACAAGUCCCUGGAAAUGAAUGUUUUGGGGCAUCAGAUUCUGAAGAUGAACAGUUUUCUCAGAAGAGACAUUGUCCUCUGGGAUCGCUAUCAGCGCAGGAGCCUGUGUGUCCCCUGCCAGGUGUGAAUAUAGCCAUCUCUUCUGCUGCCCGUGGCUUGCAGGAGCAUCGUGUUACUUCUGUUUGUAAUAUUGUUAGGCAGUUCUUCAGAAAACAUCCCACUGUUCAAACAUCUGAGGAAACUGAGAAAGAAAACCAUAAAAGUUAUGUUGCCCAAUUAGUGAGAGAUUUUUUUAAAAAAACAAGUGACUGUGAUAAUCUAGUUAAUGCAAAUGUAACGGAAACGUUUCCGCCACCUUGUGAAGACGAAGUAGCAGAAGACCCAAGAAGUAGCGCUGCAAGUGCAUUAGCCAUUAGUGGAGGCUUAGAAAGAGAAGACAGCCAUCCAUUGGCCCUACCAGAGCCCGUGUCCCAGGCGAGCGGGUGUCAGUCUUCUGCGUGUGCAUCUGAAGGGACAGAUUGUCCCAGUGCCCGUCAGCUCAUGUGCGCAGAGCCUGUUGCCAGCUCACCAGGUUCACAGAGUGAUGUGAUAGGAAAGGAUGUGAACGAGGCCCUGGCCAGUCCGAGCGCUGACCCUCUGUCCGAAGAGGAGCAGUUUCAGAGUAAUCUCUGUUCAGCAUUAGAUAAUAAAUAUGCUUCUGAAUCUUCCUUGAUGUCUCCCUCUGCAUGCUCCGUGGAGAGCACCAAAAGUCUGAGUUUUGUGUUCUCUGACCUCUCCAACAGCUCCUCUGAGGGGAAGUUCUGCCAGACUCCUCAAGAAAUCAGUGAUGGCACUUUGGGUGACACAAGCACUGGUGAGCUCUGUGGAAGGGCUUGUGAGGACAGUUGCAAAGCCUCCGAGGCUCAAACCCUGUCAAAUUUUGCUCUUCACUCCCCAGAAGCCACGGUUGAGUGCUGGACAGAUGGAGAUGCAGAGACGACUUCGUAUCAUGUUGUAACUUUGAGAGAAAAUGAACCAAGUAUGGCAAACUUGGUACAGCAGCCAAAGCCAGAAGGUGGUGAUGAAAGCUUUAGGGACAAAGCAGGUGCAUCAGUACUGCACCUCUGUGAAGGAACACCUCAGAGUAAUGAAAUGUCUAACAGAGAAGACUCGAUUCCUUCUCCCUCUCCUCCUCUGCCUUUCAAACGGACAGAUUUGAGACCCGAUGUCCCCCUGACCUGGGGCUCUGACUCGUGGGCAAAAGAGCCGACUGCAUCUGGUGUAAAGGCAUGCACUGGUUCCCAAAUAUGUUUAGAAAGAAGGCUGUCUGACAAAGAACUCAGCGACGGUAAUAGAAGAGGCGUUUUCCCUCCUUCGGAAACGCGCCUACCCAGCGCUGCGUGUCCUUCAGAACCUGAAAAUGAGGAAUCGACAAGCCAUGAAAGAGCUAGCCCUCCCUUCUCUCCUACACCGUGUGCAUCCUCUCAGACGAGCCCUGCUGAGCAAGCCCUUUCCCAGACUCCGCUCAGACCUAGAGUGAAGCAGAGUUUGUCUCUGAAGAAGGUGAAGAACGCACGUUUGUCCGUCCUUACUUCUGCUUCCCCCGUGAGCAGUCCUUCUGCGGACGUUGUGAGUGAUAAAGCAAGAUCUUUUCAGAGCUCUUACCUUAGCACGCAGGAGGAUCUCUCUUACUCUGUUCUUUCUCCUCAUCACUGUAAAUCUGCUAAGGUGACGCAUAGUGAUGAGGGAGAUGAUCCAUGGGAAGGCCUUUACAAAGAUGAGCAGGGCAGGGAUGCUAAGGCAAGACAGCAAAAACAGGAUCAGGAAACUAGUAUCUGUGAUUACCCGGAGGGAAGAGUAACUCCCAGGCCGUGUGCUCCAGUGGAAGCAGGAGACUCCUCUGAUUUGCAGACCGUUAAUGAUUUAGGUAAUCAAAAAAUCCUUGCAAGCAACAUCCCCACAUCAGGGGACAAAGGCUUUCCAAGGCCAGCAUCAAACAGUCUGCCUCCUGCUCAUUUUCCUAUUUCAUCCUUCAAAGAAGAAAAUGUGCAAUAUCCGUUACAAGCUCCAGCACUUCUGGAUGCAUUUAAUCCUCUUGGCAUGGACUCCAAGGAAUGUCUCUUAGCUCACUCGCCUUUAGCCCCAACGUUAUAUACCUCUGAUGCUGCAGAGGUUUCAACUUGCUCGCUAGCUACUUCGUUUCAGCUGCGUACUAAGUUGGACUCAGCAGACAUGCAAACUGGAGAUGAGAUUCUCCUUCCAAAGAAGUCUGAGGCUCUGAAGUAUAGCCCUACGACUCUGGGUUGCAUGUCCUCUUCAGAACUGGGAGAAGCCUGUGACUCCAAGGAUCCCAGUAAUCUUAUACAAGACAUCCUGUCCAUGUCGGUAGAGAGUACAAAGGCUUGUGACCUUUUGUCUGCUUCUAGAAACUCGGGAAAGCUCUCUGGAGGAGAGAGCUCCAAUCUAAAAGCAAGUUUCAGUGACAGAGCGGAGAGUGAGAGCCGGAGAGACUGGGCUUUAUCGGAGGAAGACAUUGAGUUGCAGUUGCAGCGAUGUCAGACUGUGCUCAAAGAUAUUUCUCAGGUUCUUCGUGCUGUGGGGGGCAUCGAUGGAGAGCACAUGGAGGAAUGGAGAGAACAGAUUGCCAAGUUGCAGAAAGACACAAAAAUGCCGAAGACAUAUAUUGCUGUGGUGGGAAACACAGGCGCAGGGAAAAGCAGCUUGUUAAAUGCCUUGCUGGGUGAGGAAGCGGUGCUGCCGACUUCUGCUAUGAGAGCCUGCACAGCUGUGGUUGUGGAGAUCUCCAAGACUGCUGAGACCAGUCCAUAUGAAGCAGAUAUAGAGUUUCUUUCUAAAGAAGAGUGGUUUAGCGAGUUGAAAGCGCUCCUGGAAGAUAUGAAGGACAAGUCAGGUAACUUGAAGAAACGAUGCCCAGAUCGCAAGACAGAAGCUGGUGCUGCCUACAGCCGUGUGAAAGCUGUUUAUGGGAUGGUAGCAGAGCUUUCCAAGCUGGAAGAGUUGCAGGAGGUUACUCGGCAUCUUGGAACAGUGAAACACAUAUCUGCAGAGACGGCCACAGAUUUUCGCACAAAAAUAGAGAAAUUUAUUGACUGCCGGACUGAUAACUUGCGGGACAUGAAAGGUGGAGAAUUCUGGCCGAUCGUUAAAUGUGUCAAGGUUCGUGUUCCCAAGGCUGAUGUCUUGAAGACAGGAGCAGUGCUGGUGGACUUGCCUGGAAUACGGGAUUCCAAUGCUGCCAGGGAUAACGCAGCCAAAGAGUAUCUAAAAAACUGCAAUGCAGUGUGGGUGGUGGCCAACAUCAAUAGAGCUGUGGAUGACAAGACAGCCAAAGAGAUGCUGAAUAUCAACCUGCGGAGGCAGCUGCUCAUGGAUGGCCAAUAUGGGCGCUUAGCUUUCGUCUGCACUAAGACCGAUGCCUUCAACGUUUCAGAAAUAAUCAGUGAUCUGGAUUUAAAAGACGAGAUUGAGCCAAUUGAAAGGGAGUUGGAAGAACUGGAGAAUCAGCGAGGGCAAAUGGAAUUAGAAAAGGAAAGAAACCAUUUACAGCGUGUCAGACAAGGGCAGGGACCUCAUGCAGGAAAGUCAGCCUCCUUUCAGCAGGAAAAUGAGCUGAGGAAGAUGAUCUUGGAGAAGGAAUUCAAAAUCAAUGCCUUAAUGAGAGAGAAAGAAGCAAAACUUCGUGCUAUUAGUCUGAUCUGUGUUCAGUCCCGAAACAAGUACUCCAAACAGCAAAUCUGUCUGGAUUUCGUCAAUGGCCUUCAGGAAAUGAAGAGGAAAGCAGCACUAGCUGAAUAUGAGGAAGAUGAGUAUGAAGAGGAAAUGGAGGAUGAUCUAAAUACUCCGGAUGCAAGUGAUCUGGGUGAAGUGGGAUCCUGGCAUAAUAAACUUCAGGUUUUCACAGUCAGUUCCACAGAGUACUUGAAGCUGCAUGGGAAGCUGCUCCGAGAGGGACAGCCCCAGGUCUUUCACAACGAUGAGGAUACAGAGAUCCCAGCUCUGAAGAAGUUUGCGGUUCGCGCUGCCCUGCAGCAUGGCAUGGUGGAAACAGAGAAGCUGAUAAGAGACGUGACUCGUGUCAUAAGUCAAGUUGUCAAUUACCUGACCAACCAGAGAGCAGAGGACCACUCUCACCAGGCCCAAGUUCAAGAAAUCGUACAGACAUGCCUCUCAAAAGUACCUGAGCUCCUCCAGGAGGCAGUGGAUGAAAGCAUCUAUGAAAUCCAGUACUACUUCUCUGUCCUGCUGCUGUCCCGUCUGAAGACGGGAGCCAGAAAGGCAGAGCACGUGUGCGAGGAGAAAGUCAGAAGCUGGGGGUUACCUCAUUGUGGAUAUCCAUAUGCUACAUAUCGAGCUGUGUGUGCUCGUCAGGGUGUGUACAGCUCUGUGGCGUGUGGGUUCAUCGAUUUCAAUGAGCAGCUCACGGAGCCUAUAUACAGCACCAUUUCCAUGACGUGGAACGAGGUUUUCAGCUCUAAACUUGGUGAGUCUAUCAGACAGUUUAGUAAAGCUGUUCUGGAUAAACUGAAAGAGUUCUUCAAAGAUCUCAAGAACAAACUCUAUGAAAAAGGCAGAAACACACAUCCAGUAAACCUCAUACAGAGGCAGCAGAUGGAAGCUGCUCAGGCUUUGUUAUGUAACUUCAUUCUUGAUCAGAUAGAUUACAUCAAUAAAAGGCAGCGUGGCAUAUCUCGUGUCCUGACACCAGAAAUACAGGCUAGCAUGAAACCGGUAUACGCAGUUUGUAACCAACUGAAUGGUCCAGGUUCUUUCCAGAGAAUGAAAGACCUCAUGCAGGAUUAUAUCCAUGAGCACAAGGAGAGCAUGUUCAACGCAGCCACACACAAAUUACAGCAACAGCUCGAGUUGCUGCAGCGAUACAUCUGUGCCAGUUUUGAGUGGUUGGUGCAGAAUCUGAAUAAAUCUCUGACUAGGCAAUUUGAGCCAAUGCUGAAGACUGUCCAGAAAAAUGACAGCGUCGUUCCAGAUUUAGUAAGCAUCUGUGCCAAAGUUCACCAGAUUUGUAAACUCUCCUUCGUGGAUUACGCGCUUCCCAACCCUAGUCAAAUAGGUGCCUGUUCCAGACCUGCUUCCCCUGAGAAAGAGCUGCAGGAGGGCAGGGAACCUCCAGACUUCGUGGGAAAGUGCAGUGUUGUCCGUAUUGGGACUUGGCCACUUACUGAUAUUGCUUCUGUUCAGAUAUCCGUACAAGAAAUCAGCUUCAGAGGGAAUGCAAGCCUGACGGUGCCAUUCAGCAGCGUGUAUCUAUGUGAAUGUUGCUUCCAUUUGUAUUAUCUGAACCUGCACAUUUCUCCUGAAGGUGCCAAGGACAUUUACUCCACGUGGGGAGCACGAGCACCCAAAGCAAGCCUAGGUAGCGAGGAGGUUCUUGUUGUCCUGGAGACACCAGAGGAUCCAGGGUCUUUCCGUAGGUUGAUUGAAUUCAUAGCGGAGAGACGCUCCGGCACUGCCUGGUUCCGCGAGCUGAGCCUUCAGCAGGGAAGAGAGAAGCUGGAGUCUCUGCAGGUGUAUUACACAGCUGGGGAAUCAAAAUACGCUCGUAGAGAAGAACUUCCUGAGAUUCCAGCUUCUAGUUUGCCAGAGGAUUUACCAGCAGGUGGUUCUACCGCAGGUCAGCCCCUGAUUGUUGGCCCAUGGUUGCACGCAAACAGCAGAAAGAGAGGAGGAGGAGGAGAAAUCCUGUCACAGCCAGAGAAGAAACACAAAGGCAGUGCUGCAGAGAAGAGCUCAGAGCUGAAGCCAAGCUGA